UUAAAGGUGCACUCAGUAAUUUUUAUAUAAUCUUGGACCUACACUGACAGUGUGUGGAUGCAGCAUCAUUCAGACUUAAUAGUUUUCAGUUACUGAUGCCAUUGUACACAUUCACUUUUCACAUUCAGCCAUGAUCAAUUUAAUCCAUAAAUGAGAGUGUCCAAUAACAGGGCGGUUACUAUGUUUAAGCAAGUAGUAUUCGGCUAGUCGUGUGAUCCUAACAUGGUCGCCCUCAUGACAGGACCAUCUCCAUGUAGAAAACAACUCACUGAUUCUUGAGAUAAGGGUCAAAACAGGUUUUAAAUCUUAGUUUUUAUUUUUUAGUACUAAAUUAAUUUGAAAUUGAUCUAUUUGUAGACAAAGGUCUACAAACCAUGUAAGGGAACACGUUUUUAUAAAAACACUUUUUUCUGAAAAUGGAGAUUUCUUCACUUCAUAACCAUAAAUCCAUAAAUCUUACCAUAAUUUAUGUCAGCUCCGCCAGACACACUAAAAAGCAUGCUAUUUUAAUUUGAUCCAUCCAACAAGAGUAUAAAGUAUUUUUCUAAUAACGGUGAUCAGUAAAGGAGUUAAGUGAUAAAAUACAUUCUAUAAAAAAUUUCUGUUUAUAAACUGUUCUGACAAGUUUGACGGAGUUGACAAAACUGAAUUUUUUUUUAUCUUAACCAUAUGUUGUACACUGAAGAGUAAAGACCGAAACAUACUUCACGCAAGUACUAGUGAUUGGUCGUUCAUAAAGGAUUCAUUCAACUAAUCUUUUAUGUGACUCAGAAGAACGAGUAGUCAUUUUGUGUUGGCCGCUCAUGCGCAUUGCGCAAUCUCCAUUCAUUUGUUACGUGAAAACUGCAUAGGCGCUGUAUACGCUACAUCCGUGACAAAAGAACAAAUGACUCGAACCAGAUGACUCGAGAGGUGAACUAAUAAUUUCUGUUUCCUGUGUGUGUUUAUAGCAUAUACGGCUGUUAUGUGACAAAAUAACGAAUGACUCGGACAAGAAGAUUCCAGAGGUGUCAUUUAAGGAGCUGAUGAAAAUGUUUGGUGUUGGAGCCGUAGCUCUCGUGCUGGGGGUCGAGUGGUUAGACUGGCUGACGCGUCGCCUGGGGUUCCGCAGAGACUCUCGCCUGAAAGAGGUCUUGUUCUUCCCAUCACCCCAAACCUGCGUCGAGCACCUGUUCACACCCGACAGAAGCUUCCCCUGCGCAUGUCCCCUCCCCCAUGGCACUGAGACAUCCUUCUCCAGGCUCCUCGGACAUCUCCUCUCCGCGUGUGUGUCUCUGGACCUGUGUUUGUUCUCAUUCUCUCAUGUGGAGCUGAGCAGGGUGGUUCUCCAUCUGCACAAUCGCGGAGUCACUGUACGAGUCGUUACCGAUAGAGACUACAUGGCCAUUAUUGGGUCUCAGAUUGGCACCCUUCGCAGGGCAGGUAUCUGUGUGAGACACGAGAUGAGCACAGCUGUUCAUAUGCACCAUAAAUUUGCAUUAGUAGAUGGCAGGAAACUGAUCACUGGCUCCCUCAACUGGACCCUCACCGCAGUCCAGAGCAACAAAGAGAACGUCAUGGUUACAGAGGAGCCAGAGCUUGUGCGGCCCUAUCAGAAGGAGUUUCAGAAGCUGUGGGAGGCCAAUGAUCCUGCCAAUCACAAACCACAAACCAAAAAACAGGCUGCUAAAUAAAUAGACAGAUAUUGCGGAUAGAAGUAUGAUUCAUUCAAGACAUGGGGUUAAUCUUUACUUUUGCUGCUUUUUCCUCAAGAUUUACGUUAUGUGGUUCUAAACAGAAAAGUUUACUAGAAAAGUAAGUUUUAGAUAACAAUUUGUUUUGUUUCAUGUGACUGACGGCCUCUUAAAGGGAUAGUUCGCCCAAAAAUGAAAACUCAUCAUUUACUCACCCUCAUGCCAUCCCAGAUGUGUAUGACUUUCUUUC